AAAGCAAAGAUAUUAAGGAAACAUGCAAGGGGAUGCAGCCAAGACAAGGAAUUACUACGAUAAAAUAUACUACAGCUUCAUCACCCUCCCACCUAUUAAAGCCCGCCCAACAAGCUAUUUCUCAUUGGCUAACCGUGAAGCCUAUGCUUACUGUCUAUUUGCUACAUUUCCUGCCAGUAUCUUGUCGUCACCCCAGGAGACGUGAGACAGAUCCGUAGGAGGUUUACUAUAGGUUGAAAAGGCAGUGUGUGUUACAAUGAGGAAAAGGGAGACGCGAUUAAAAUGAAUGUGUAAAUAAAGUCAAGCCGAUUUCGUGCAGACAUGAGGUAUACUACAUACGCGUUUUUCGGCUUUGCUCUUGGGGUUUUGCUCGUGGGGUUGCGGGAACUGUUGUUUGGUUUCGAGGAGAACCGAUGUAGCAUGACAUACAUGUUCGAGUACCCAGAAUACCGACGCGUGCAGCUCCCGCGGAGGGUCGCGCGCCAGUAUCCAUCAUACGGGCUCUAUCUGUAUGGAGAGGGCGCGUAUGCACAGGAGACCAAAGGACUCAAACUCACGGGCGCUCCUGUGCUUUUUCUGCCCGGCAAUGCAGGAAGCUACAAGCAAGCUCGAUCUCUCGGUUCAGUGGCAUUAAGGAAAGCUGAGGACCUGGACAGACAGAUCCAAAUGAACGUCUUUACCAUUGAUUUUAAUGAGGAGCUAGUGGCUCUGUACGGGGGCAGCCUGCGGAGACAGACUCACUUUCUUCACGAGUGCAUCAAAGCUGUCUUGCGCCUUUACAAGGACCAGCCUGACCCCCCAACAAGCGUUGUUUUGGUGGGUCACUCUAUGGGUGGAGUGGUGGCAAGAGCAUUGUUCACCCUGCCACGCUUCAACCCACAUCUGGUUGGUCUCAUUAUCACCCAGGCCUCCCCGCACCAGGCACCUGUGCUGUCUUUGGACCCUUAUAUACUGCAGUUUUAUACUACAGUCAGUAAGCGCUGGGCAACAGAUGCUGAAAAUUUUCGGAAUGUAACUGUUCUCUCUGUGGGUGGAGGUCAUCGGGACUACCAGGUGCGCUCAGGUUUGACUGCGCUGUCCUGUCCCAUUGAUGACCUCAAUAAAAUGUCUAUAGUGGUAACUGCAGUUCCUAGGACUUGGGUUUCUACAGAUCAUCUCUCCAUUGUUUGGUGCAAGGAGCUGGUUCUGGCCACAGUCAGGUCAUUUUUUGACCUUAUUGAACCUGAAACAGGCCAGUUCACAGAUGAUCCAGAGAAGCGAAUGUCCGUGCUAAACUAUCACUUCUUCAGACAUCCAGUACAGCAGCCUGGCGAAAGACAACAUGACCCUGUCACUUUCUCAGCUCCUCCCGAGGCAUGGAUGGAGGUCAACACGCUCCGUCUGUUCUAUAGUGCUCCCAAGGAAGCUGAAGUCAAGUACUUCCUGUUCGCUCUCUCCAGUCGAAGGAAAGCCUACAGUCAUUUCCACUGCCGCAGUAAUAAUAUGGAAAUGUCUAGUUGGCUGUAUGGCUGCACUCAGAUCAGUGGUUCUGUUUGUGUGCAGGCAGUAGAUCUGUCAUCUGGGACAGAACUUCUUCCAGCCUAUAAGGCUGUUACAGCUAAGAUCAGUGAGCUCUCUCAUGUGUCCCAUCUCAUCAUUGAUGCAUCUAACCCUGGUGGAGAGCAGUUUACGGUGGAGUGUGAGCUUCAGAGAGAGGAGAGCUUUUCUGUCACCGUGCAGAUGCCUCAUGUCCUGUCCUUUGGUUUGACUGUCAGUGACAUUAGCAUUAACUCAUCCGGGCUGCUCCAUACACUGCAGUUACAAGACUUUCACCAGGUUUAUCAGGCGUUCAGAAUCACAGUCGUGAGUGACUGCAAGUCUACUAAAGACAGACUACCCAGCGUGUACAGACUGAGUGUGCCUUGGUUUCGUGAAGACUCCUUUACCACAGCAAGUAUUCCAUCAGUAAGUGAGAUAUAUGGCAUGCUUCACACCAGCCGCCCAGACAACACCUCCAGUGCCCUUCUGCAGCUCCACACUGCCCCAAACUGCCAGUAUAAGGUGUCUUUUCGGACUUCCGUUCCCAAAGUGCUUGGGCAGAUCCUGCGUUUCUGUGGCCCGACGCUGCCUGUCUAUACAGCCGUAGUGCUUCUUCUGAUGAUCAGGGCUCAACUGAGCUCUGUGAAAAAGUCAGGACGUCCUGUUGGAAUGCAAGAGGCGAUGAGUAAAUCCUUACAGCUGCACACACUGGAACUGCCUGUCCUGCUACUGAUGCUGUUGCUCAGGCAGAGCUGGUUUCGGGAUAUCUGGUUCUCUUUGGGUCUCCCAGGGGUGGAUAGUCUUCCAUUAAACCCUACUUGGGACUUAUCUCAAGAUGUAAAACCAUCUGAACAGGAAUGGCCACGUCUGGUGUCCCCACUGCUCUGUGUGCUAGGUGCAGCUAUUGCAUUCUGGGGCAGCACAAUCCUUAGAGUUUUUGUCCGUUUUCUGUCCUUUGUGCUUGCUCCAAUGCACAGACCUUUAGUGUCACGAGACUGUGGCACCAUUCGUCUUCGAACUCAGAUUCUCCUGAUGGUGUGUUUGAGUGCAUUGGGUGGUGUCACCUGUGGUGCUCUGGCUCUUAUGAUCUCCACUCUCCUCCACUUUUACAGGGUUCUUAGAUUACAGAUGGCAGAGAGAUCACUGAGUCAUGUAUUGAAUCUGGCGCCCCAGAAGGUUUCUCAAAACUCUGAAAAUGGGUUUCACAGCAAUGAUUGUCAGAGUAAAGGCAAAGAAUGUAACGGCACACCUUUGCUGUCAGAAUCACUGCUACAAGAUGUGAGAGAUGAUCUGGAGCUCCACCUUAGCCUGUCCACACUGCUUACCCUUCCCAUGAUGCUCUGCGCACCUUCCCUUAUCCACUGGAAUCGCAAUCUCAGAUAUUGUGUUCAUCUGGAUCCUGACCCCUGCUGGCCUCACACGCUGCCCUUGCUCUUGAGCUCUGUACUGCUCAUCAACUAUAACACACAUACACUCCUCCACAGCAGGUUGAUGCUGAAUCUGACGACACGUCUGCUGUUGCCUCUGUGUGUGGGCAUGCUGGCUUUCUGUCCCCUGCAUAUUUAUCGGGUCACUCACUUCCUGUCUUCAGCUUUGACCCUUUUGGUCUCUUCUUGUUAUUUUUGACCUCCUCACAAACCUUAGAUUAAAACCAGACCAAGGAUUCGUGAAACUCCAGACAGCCUUAGAACCUUGUGUGCAUUCAGUGGGGUCACACGGGUGACAUCACUGGACCAGCAAAUCUCAAGUCAUGUGAUUUGUUGUGACCAGCCCUUCUGGAGUCAUGUGAUUUGUUGUGUGUUGUCAUUUGUGGCUUCUCAACAGGGUAUUUCCUUUUUAAAUCCCGUAUGUUCGUAUUAAUGAACAAUGUUGUUCAUUAGGCUAAUUUCCCAGACAAAAUUAAGACUAGUCCUGAAUUUUGAGAACAGCGUUCAGUGAUAGUUGUUUUUAGAUUAAGAUUAGAUUUAAUACAUGUAUGGGAAAUUAGCGUCUGUAUGUGUUUAAUGGGUUUGGAGGGGUUGAACUAAAUCCAUCAGAUUUAGUUGUAAUGCCACAAGUCAACAUGAGACUAAUAAUCCCGGUUUACUUUACUCGCACAGAUUCCUGGUGCGUCUUUCAACAGUGUCUGUUAUUUUGAAUGUCCAUUGAGUUUAAGGAGUGAAGUUGUCCUACACAAUUGACUGUAAACUCACAUUCAGAAAGUUCACAAUUCAAAAAAUGCUAAUCUUUAAUGUUGUUACUGAGGAAUAUUCAGAAAUUACGUCACAUUAGAAAAGUAGAAGGGGUUGUGAUUUCUGUUCCAUGUUGACUUUGUUGUAGGGAUGUCAAACAAUUAAACGCAACCAGAAUAAAAGUUUGUGCUAACAUAUUAUGUUUGUUUACUGUGCAAAUUCAUAAACCCAACCUAUUUACAUGUAUUCAUUUAUAUUUACCAAUAAUUUAAAUGAAAAAUAAAUGUUUAUUCACUUUUAUAUUUUAUAAAUGCAAAAAUAAUAUGCUCAGUACACAGAGAUAUAUUAUUAUAAACAUAAUCUUUUAUUCUGGAUGCGAUAAAUCGUGAUUAAUCGUUUGACAGCCCUACUUUUUAGCUAAUAAAAACAGCUUUAAAUGUUCAUUCAGCUUGUGCAUUUGUCUGGCUACAUCUCUCUACCUGUUUUUUCAAUCGGUCAAUUCUGCCUUAAACUAUUUUAUUUACUAUUCGUGUUUAAUUUUAUUGUAUUUUUCAGUGGAGAUGUACCUCUCUGACCGAUCAGUUCCUAUACUAACCCCCCUGUUGCACAUUUAGUCAAAACCAAGUAUGACAGCUAACCACCAACAUAACAUACCGUCUGGAGAUGUUAUAUGUUUUGUAUGUGGAUUGACAAGCAAUAUAAUUUUUAUAUCCACAUCAUUUUAGACAAUAAUUGAUGUUAAAACAUCACAUUGUCUCGCAACAUAAGGCGAGGUAUUACAAUCACUGCCACAAUCUCGGUUGCCACAACUCUACUUGCUGUUUGUAUUCCUGCUUCCUCAUCCGAUCUGCUCAAUACUUUAGAGCUGAUCCAAUGUAAUUUGUCAUCGUGUGGAAUGGAGGAAUGGUGCCUUUCUUGUUAUAUGCACCUGCAUCUCUGAUACCAUUUCAAAAAGCUUCUUGUCAUCCUAGCAAUCCGGUAUGUCUAUUACGUUUGGCUAUAUCCUACUCUCACAGGCUUUUUUUUCACCAAAACAGGCUUGUCAUCUUCACGGUGAGUGUACUUCAGUAAGUGUCUCUGUGGGUUUUUAAGAUUUUUGCGAAUGAGAAAUGACUGGUCAGGUGUUGUGAUUGCUGGGGUCUUGCUUGGCCUCAUUCUCAAUUUGAGCGUUUUGUGGCAAAAUGUGCUGCUUUUUUCUUCUCGUAAUGAUUAUGAUUGUUUUCAUUGAUGUUCACUGUGAUGUGCCACAAUAUUUUGAGGCCGGGAUCUGAUUAUGUCGGCUGAUCCAGGAUCAGGUCCUGGUCGUGAUUUCUUUCAAACUGAAGUGAAACUGAUUCAACAGCAGCUCUUUAUCCCUCCCAUUGACGGCAAUGUUUGUACUGAUGACUCUAUCUUUUGAAUAGAGAUGUCUCUACAGUGAGUGAUAAUAUUUGUUGAUAGAAGUUGGACACUUGCAGUGACAUUACAAGAAUACAGUUUUUUUAUAGAGGUGGAUUUGAAGACUGGAAACAACAUGUAUGCUGUUAUAUAUAGCUUGUUUCGCUUAACUAGAAAGGAAGCAGAUGUAAAACCGAACACCUCAAUUCAGCUGUAACCGGCCAUCUGGAAAAAAUAUAUAUAAUUGGGGGAACAAAAGCCUGUGUAUACCACAGUCGUAUUGUGUAUUUGGGAAUCAAAUACAAUAUUUCUGUUUGUAUUUGGGUGUAGCUUGUGACAGGCCUCAAUUUAGCUGUGAGUUUUAUAGGAUGCAUCUCACUGCCUCAUAAACCUAAAUGCUGUUGUUCUUUAAGAUUGUUCAGUCAAAACAAUAGCGCUGUUCACUGUUAUAUUUUGUAAAACAAAUCUAAAGAAAUGUAUAAAACAAAUGAAUAAACUUAACAUUAAUUUUGUAUUUGUUAAUAUUAGUACAUGCAUUAACUAACAUUUACUAACAAUGACCAAUGUAGGGUUUUCAGAAUGAAUUAACGGUUAUUAGUGUUAUUGCCCAUAUCAUAAUUAAUGUUAGUUCAUGAUGCAUUAACUAAUUGUAGCAGUUUUGACUUUAAAAAUGAAUUGGUAAAUUAUGAAAUUAACAUGAACUAAGAUUAAUAAAUAAUCUGAAAGUAGUGUUCAUUAGUUCAUGUUAGCUAAUGCUUUUAUUUGUUUACAAAUACAACCUUACUGUAAAGUGUUACCAAUGUAUUAUAAAUAUCUACAGCCACGAAAAAUUAGAGAUCAUUCCAAAUUUUCAUUUCAAAUAGUUUACACUGUAAAAUAAUUAGCUGUAUGUAUUUUAUUUGCUGCCGAUAAUUUACUGUAGAUGUAUAUAAAUGUCAGUAAGUUGAAUAAAUGUAUAUCUACAGUAAGUUACUGGCAACUAGUUUAGAGUUUAGAUUUUGGUUAGUUUUUUGUUGUGGCCAGUCGAGUCCAGUGUCUGUUGAAUUUUAACUAAAUCGAACCUCAUGAACUAUAUAAAGUCAUCCAACAGCAAUGUGAAAGACUGACAGUAUGAAAACACACAUGAAAACUGUGAUGGUUAUAAAUCGUUUUGCUAAUUGCAAAUACUACAGUUUUAUUGCUUAAAAGUGAAUAUGAACUUGUUUUCUUUGCAGCUUUUAAGGGUCUGAAAAAUACAUAACAUAAUUUCUGCUAUUUCGACCUGUUUCUAAUUUUUUUAAAUAGAAACAAUAUUUUCACAAAAAAAAAACAUUUUAGCUAAAGUAAAUUCAGAAAAACUGUAAAUAAUUUUGAAAUGAUCUCUUAAUUUUUCCACAGCUGUGUAUUGUAAAGAGGUAACAUGUUUAAUGAGUAUAUAAAAGAUCUUAUGGUUGUAGGGUUAUAGUAAGAGUUAUUUGUAUUGCAAGACGGAUUUUAUCAGUAAAUGGCCUAAUUAAACUCUUUUGCAGUGUCGUAAUGUUUUCAUGGUUACAGAUGUUUACUUGGAGAUGUAAUUGAUACAAGUUGAUAAAAGUGCUGUUUUGCUUGGUGCUUUUAUAAUGAUCAUAUUUUAAGUGUGGGUACAGUAAAUACCAAAACUGUAUAAACUUAUUUUGUAAUGACUUUGUGUUGAACACGGUCUAAAAACACAUAUGUAUAUUAGUACUUUGAUUGGCCUUCAGGCUAAAUGAACAUAAGUGGCUGGGAAAAGUGCUUCUGUGAUUGGUUGUGAUCAACGUUGUCUUAAUGUGGUUGUGAGGACAGCUCAUAUUCCAGAAAUAAGCAGCAUAUGUCAUUAUUAGUGUCAGAGGUGUUGUGCACUUGUUUUGUAAUUAAAAUGUGCAGGAUAACAAUGUAAUUGCCUAUUUGAAAUUACAAAGUGAACACUCAGGUUUGUAAAGUGUUGUAAAACCAGUGGCUUUCAGUGUUUAUAUACAUGACCAUUUACACUAAUGUUAUUUUAUUCAAAAAUAUGUGCAGUUUUUGUGCACUUAUGCUGUCCCAAUAAAUUGUUUACUGGGAGUUUCUCGUUUCUUAA